ACUUCCACUACUACUACUACUACUACUACUACUACUACUACUACUACUACUAUUACUACUACUGCUGCUGCUAUUGCUACUACUACUAUUGUUACUACUACUACAGUCAUAUCAAGUCGUCAUCAUCAUCGUCGUCGUCGUCAUUGUAGUCUUUCUGUGAUUGGUUGGGCCGCAUCGAAGCAAAACUCGAGACCAAAGCGCUUGAGGAAAAGUGGAGAUCGCUCAAACUGUGACGCACUUUCCAGAUGACUUGAGAACGCGAAGAUCGUGUCUGAGGAAAAGGAAAACGAACUCAUGCUAGACAAAAGAGAAGCGAUGUGCGUGAGUUCUUGUGGGUGAUAAACUGAACGCUGUCCCUUCCUUCUGCAUCGCCUACGUCAGACUCCUCGUCCUCCUCCUCCUCCUCGUCCUCGUCCAGCUGCCACGUCUCUCCCCGUUCUCGUCUCGUGGCCUCGGCGAGAUGUGAACGAGUCUCCCUUCUUCGUCCUCUCCUCGUCUGUUUCGAGCUCACGUCCAUCAGCCAGCAGUAAGAAUGACGCCUCAGCCAGGUCUUAAGGAGGAGGGGAGCGGCUUCUUCCAGAGUCUAGUGACGACAGCCGCUUCGUUGGUGCGUGAGGCUGUCCAGCACGCCGAUGACUCCGCCGGUGCCCUCCCUGAUAUGGCUGGUAUCGGGAUUGCAGGGAACGCCAGCACCAGCACCAGCAGUACCCAGGUGUCGGGGCGAGAAGUUGGCCGCCACGUGCCGCUGCCAUUUCAGAUGGUGAUUACGGUGCUCUACGUGGCAGGCAUUAUGGGCAACAUGGCAGCGCUUUACAUCAUCACCAAGAGCGAGACACAGCGCUAUAGGAAACAGACGUUCAUGCUUCGUUGUCUAGUUGGGAACGACCUCACGGCACUGCUGGGGUCCUUGGUGCAAAUGUACGUACGGCUCUACCUUCCCAACCCCAGCGAGAAGUGGCUCUGCGUGUCUCGAGUCCUGUUCCGCGCCUUUGGGCUUGGGUCCGGCUGCGUGGCCCUCGUGAUGGCUGUAGAACGCUGGCUGGCCCUGACGCACCCCUUCGUCUACCCGAGACAUGUGACACACUCGGUCAUCCGCCGCACCAUCCUCGUGCUGUGGGUCAUCACGCUGCUGCUGGUCUGCGCGCCCUUCUUCGGGUUCGGCCUCUGGUACAACGAGAACCUCACCCCACACUGCGUCCGCUACCGCUUUGGCACCGAGCUCGUGGACCGGGUCUAUGCCUACGUCAUCUUCGCUUAUGGCAUGAUCAUGUGCACCGUCAUCGUCUGCUGUAACCUUUCCGUGAUCCGCGUCCUCUACCGCAUGAGGGAACGACUUUUACCGCGCCGACACUCCCGCGCCUCCUGCCGCAGCGCCGCCUCCACCAACGGGGACGCGAGCGGCAACCUGGCCACGCCCGAGGAACUGUCCUUCGCUAGACUCAUGGCCAUUCUGUCCAUCACCUUCGUCGCCUGCUGGGUGCCGCAACUGAUGAUGAUUGUGGUGGGACAAGUCCUCGGCAACAACCCCAAGUACAGGAUCUUUUACCGCAUUCCAGAUAUCUUUAUCCUCCUCAACUUCUGCCUCGAUCCAUUCAUGUACGUGCUCUUUAGGCGACACAGACGGUAUGGCAGAAGACACCUGAGGAAGCUAAUGACCUACCUAUGUCCCCACCUGCACAGCUCGCCUAGCCAGGGCAUCCUCACAGACUCCCUUCGCUCCUCGUCCCACACCUCGCAGAACAACAACGGAUCAGCCAUGGGUAGGGACUUCAGCCGGCGAGCUAUGCCUCUAGUUUUGAAGGAGAGCUCAGUGGGAGGGUCACGAUAUCUACCAACGCGGCCGCAGCCAACGAGGAGUAUGUGUCUAACCAGCUUCUGCUCCUCCCCACCGGCAAGUCCAAGCUCUCCCCUGUCCCCGAAGGAGGUUCCGAUAGCACUCUUGAGGCCGGGUGUAAGGAGCAAGAUCGACACUGAACGCCCGGAUGAUAGACUGCUUCACGCCACCACAGGGGAAGACACACACGAAAGGAGGUUACUGGAGCAGGAGAAGCAGCUGAAUGUCGUAAAUAGGGCAGAGAAGAAGUUGUUGAGGCCAGAGAAGGAACUGAAAAACGAGAAGGCAGAGAUAAGGGAGGUUUUGAAAGGACGGGAACAGUUGAGCAUCACUGAAAGAGUCCCAGAGCUUGAGUUGCUGAGGCCAGAAAUGCAACUGAAGAACGAGAAGGCAGAUAGAAGGGAGGUUUCGAAGGGAGAAAAACUGUUGAGCAUCAUAGAAAGAGCACCAGAGCUUGAGUUUGUGAGGCCAGAGAACCAAUUGAAGAGCGAGGAAAAAGAUCAAAGGGAAUUGAGUAUUAUAGAAAGGGCCCCAGAGCUAGAGUUAUUGAGACCAGAGAAACAAAUGAAGAACGAGAAAACAGAGAAAAUGAAACAGCUGAGCAUCACAGAAAAAGCACCACCAGAGCUUCUAGAGUCAUUGAGGCCUGACCAUCAGUUUAAAGUCGUCGUGCACGCUGGAGGUGGCGACGGACCCACGAGCUCACACGACCGCACCUUUGCCUGUCGUGGAAGCCUCACCGAAACUCGCACCGAGGACAGGACGACAGAGAAGGAUACGAGUAAGCGGGGGUCGUUCUGUUACGGUGAGUCUGAUGCGCUCUCUCUGCUUCCCAAGACGAUAUCACAAAGCGCAGGCUCGCGGGAUGAUACUAGUCUUACGGAGGCACAUCCAGAGAGGAGGAAAACAAGGCCAUUGUGACUUUAAGGUGCUAAGUAGGUAAGGUAGCUCGUUUUCUGUACACGCAUAAACAAAAUAGUCCCUCAGCAAGGUCUCUCUAUUCUAGUAGCUGGACCAAAUAAGCCACUAGGGAUCAGCUCUUUUUAUUUAACUUUAUUUUCGUGUUGGAGAUAAGACAUGCGCGUGGCCUCUGUGCUCAUCUCCGUCGCAUUUGCAAGUGAACAGCCAGUCUCCAAAUCGUUUUCAGUUCCCUGGUUACAAAAGCGUAUAUCCCCAAACACCUGAGACCUCCUGUGGGCCAACGCGGUGCUGUAUUAACUUUUAUUUUUGUAGUUUUUGAGUCUCCUUCAGUGGGGACGCAACAUGUAUUAGUCAAGUGUGAAAUAUGUUCAUUCCUCACCAUUGUUCGUAAGUUUCCUAACCAAACGCAAAACACUGAAAAUUCCUUGUAUAGUGUUUGGUUUUGAUAGAGAUAGGAGGAAGUUUUAGGAUACCACACGGGAAACCUUGAGUAUAUGGUAUUGAGCUGAAAAAAAACAAAAAACGGAUCAUUGGGGAGAAUACAGUUUGGUUUGAAGGCGUUUACGAUGCUUCUGUGGUGGACUCUCGAGCUGGCCCCUUAGAUUCAGCGUGGCGGAGGCUGGGAGCUGCCUGGUGUGUUAGGCAUUGGGGUGGGGGACAACUCAAGCCUCAGCCAGACGUUGGAAGGAAGAGGUCAAGGUUUCGUAGCAUUCUUUAGGGCAUUAUGGAGUGAAGGAGAUGAAGAAGGAGAUGAAGAAGUAGGAGGAGGAGGAGGAGAAAAGAAGACAGUGUAGCAGCAGUAGCAGAAGAAGAAGUAGUAGUAGUAGUAGUAGUAGUAGUAGUAGUAGUAGUAGUAGUAACAGUAAUAGUAGUCGUAACAGGAGGAGGAGGAGGAAAAGGAAGGAGAUGAAGAAGAAGAGGAGGAGGAGGAGGUUACAGACAGCCUUCUCUUGUUGACUGUAACGGUGCUAUAUAUAAAAAAAAACAUACUGAGGCAAUUGUACGUAACUAGAAUAAGUGUUUCAGUCCUCUCUCUAUAUAUUACCUUAUGUCUGAAUCCACAAAAACAACCUCAGUCUACUUAAUUCAACUACCUCCACCAAUCUGCAACCAUUCCUCUCUUUCACCCAAACCAAAUACUCCAACUCUUCUACGUGUACUCUGUUUUCCUAUAGUCUCCCUUCUAGCUCUCUCGUUAUCUCUCAAUAACUGUGUACCUGGAUAUAGUGUUCACUGUGUCAGCUGUAUAGGUCUGCACUGUAGCCGUAGUGGGAUCUAAUUACUUAUUGUGUCGACGUGUAGUGUUGUAGGCUUCUUUGUGCCAUGAAUGAUACUCUUAUGUUGUUUAUUGGGCCCGUAAAGCUUCGUGUUAGGGAAUCUUUGGGCUGAACAGAGAGUAUAUAUGUAUUUACAGGCGGGAUGAGGGUGCUUGGUGAGGUGGAAUCAGGAUAUUAGAGAGAAAGGCGAUGUGGAGUGUGUGAUGUUAGUAUCCAUGUCACAUCCUUCCUUACUCUUUCAUCAUCAUCAUCAUCAUCGUAUUCUUCAUCGGUACUUCAGUUCGCCCGUAUAAAAAGCCUCUUGUUAAAGCUGCUCUGGGCUUUUCAUGGACUGCAUAUGAACUUCAGACACACAAGGGAAGUACCGUAGAGUAUACUGAGCCAGAUGACAACGCGGAAAGGGGCUGAACAGAGGAGGGAUGGAGGGGGUGGAACUUCAAGCUAGAGAUGAAACCAAAAAGUAAGCUCAUGAUGGCAUUUCUUAGAUUUCCUUCGUAUGAUUACCAGAACUACCUCAGACAAGUUAUGUGGGCUGUCCUAACCCACCUCCUCCCUGGACCGGUGCAAUGCGUGAGCCCUCUACCCGAGAAAACUGCCACAUAUAUGGAUUCUCUCUCUCUCUCUCUCUCUCUCUCUCUCUCUCUCUCUCUCUUAAUAUUAACUAGAGUAGAAAUGCAACGUUUUGGAGUCUUCUGAUUAAUGUAAAAUCACUUAGGUUUAAGGACAGACCACCAAGUCUGGACCAUGGGGUCUGUGUGAUCUGAUUUUCUAUGUAAAUCUAUGUAAAUCUCUCUCUCUCUCUCUCUCUCUCUCUCUCUCUCUCUCUCUCUCUCUCUCUCUCUCUCUCUCUCUCUCUCUCUCUCUCUCUCUCUCUCUCUCUCUCUCUCUCUCUCUCUCUUUCUCUCUGUCUCUCUCUCUAUCUCUCUCUCUCUCUCUCUCUCUCUCUCUCUCUCUCUCUCUCUCUCUCUCUCUCUCUCUCUCUCUCUCUCUCUCUCGGCACAGUCAUCACACUAGCAUAUUUAAAAAAAAUUGUUCAUAUUUUCUUAUGUAUUAGAGCAAUGUACUAUAUUUUCCUUUUACCAUAGGCGCUGCAGUCUUCAUUGAUUUACCUGAGGGAGAGUUAGUCAGAAUUCUGGUACAUGCAUUUAGCCUUCAUUCAUAGGUAAGAGUAGUUUGCGAAGAGUUAGGCCAUUGCUUGCUCGAGGCCUAACCAAACAUAUACACUAAUGGGGAAAGGGAAGGCGCUAAUUUUCGAAGCUAAACGUAAACAGAGUACAGGUCAUUUUCUCUUAUACGAUAUUAAAAAUUCACUACCCGAACUUCGCUCCUCCAAAAUAUCGUAUACCACCGAUCACUUCACGACCGAUUUUUAUUUUAAGGAACGUAGCGCAGUCGGAUAGCGAGGGAUGCCUGCACAGUGUAAAGAUGUUCCGAUAUGCGUGACGCUCGCUAUAGUAAACAGAUGUGCUUGAUUCUAUGUCGCUGUGAAUGUUCAAAUGGUUUACUCUGCCCAUUUUCUCAAGCGUUUCGGAACUCACACACCCACAUUUGAUAAGGUUUUCGUAGAGGAGGCUGUGUUAGUAUUUCCAUGGGUAGUUUCAUGAUCCGAGUGAUAGUUUGAUAAAUUUACUCCAUUCUCAAACAUUUCGAGGCUUACACACCCAAAUUUGAUCAGGCUUUCGUAGAGGAGGCUGUGUAAGUAUUUCCAUGGGUAGUUUCAUGAUCCGAGUGAUAGUUUGAUAAAUUUUCUCCAUUCUCAAACACUUCUUGGCUUACACACCUAAAUUUGAUCAGGCUUUCCCAGAGGAGGCUGUGUAAGUAUUUCCAUGGGUAGUUUCAUGAUCCGAGUGAUAGUUUGAUAAAUUUACUCCAUUCUCAAACAUUUCGAGGCUUACACACCCAAAUUUGAUAAGGCUUUCGUAGAGGAGGCUGUGUUAGUAUGCCCAUGGGUAGUUUAAUGAGCCUAGUGAAGGUUUACCAAGGCCUCUGCACCGUGAAUAUGAAAAACACUCUUGAGAACCCAAUUAAUCUCCUUUGUGACCUUUGGAAAUUGUUGUUGUGAGCCGAAAGCAGCUAAGAAUUGGGGCGUUACCAUAUUGCUGUGUAUAUACCCUUACACUUAGUAUCUGUAAUAAACAUUUUGUCAUACAUGUAUUGAAGGGACUGAAGAAGGACUAGAGUCAGUAUUGUUUUGGGGGAGAGAAUAACUUAGGGCGUUACUGAAGCAAAGCGUUGGUCAGUGUUCCCGCUGUGUCAAGUUUCCAGGAAUAGGAGAUGGGAUGCUCUUGUGGUUCUGCGGAAUGCUUAUUUAUAGGAUCGUGUAUUAUCGGUGUUUGGUGUUUAGUUAAUAUUUAAAGCAACAGGUACAAGAAUAAUUCCGACUCACUGUUUUUUAUUUACUCUUUUUUAUCUAUAUGUUUCUGCUGUCCAUCUCUCUCUUUCUAUCUAGCUAUCUAUUUAUCUUUCUAUUCAUAUCUCUAUCUAUCAAUCUAUCUAUCUACCUAUCUAUCUUUCUACGUACCUAUCUCUAUCUAUCUAUGUCUAUCUAUAUAUCUACCUUUCUAUCUUUCUACAUUCCCAUCCCUAUUUAUCUAUCUACCUCUCUAUCUAUCUAUCUAUCUAUCUAUCUAUCGUCGCCGUCGCCGCCGCCGCUGUGGUGUCAUACCUACCUAAUCCAAUCCUUUAUGUUUGGUCUAAGUCAUUAGAUCAGCCGCUGCUCCGAGUCUGUCUGAUAGAGGAUUGAAAGAGGGUUUUAGUUCCAUUCUAUUUUAUUUAUAGCUUUAUUUCUAUUUAUUCUUUUAUUUUUUUGCUUGGGGUUAUCAGGGAAAUGUAAAAAAAUAAGUAUUGAUUCUAAAAACUUGAGAUACGAAGAAAAAAGACUAUUUAUUCAUUUAUCUACUUAUUUUUGCUUGAGAUUAUCAUGGAAUUGUAAAAAAGUAUAUAUUCUAAAUAAAAAGAAAAGGGAUAUGAGAAAAAAAGAACGACUUAUCAUUAUUGUUUUUUUUAUUUUAUAUAAUUAUCCAUCUAUUUACUUCUCGCAGCAGUGGCGGUCUGUAUCUUGAUUUACUUUUAAGAUAUAUAAUUUAUUUUCCCCGUGUGUUUACGUCUAGUAGUACAUUUGUAAGACAUUCUCGAUUUCUUAUUUCUUCGAUUUUUUAUUUUUGUUAUAAUCAACGAAUACUCACGCGUACUACACUAAGCUAUGGACGUUUCAUGUACUACUACCUAUGUCUUAAGGCAACUCGCUACCUAAAUAUAUGUAACUGUCGUACGUGUCA